AUGGCACCUCCUGGCAGAAUGGGCGAUCGGUCCCGCACCACGACCGUCACCGUGGCGGACACCUACACCGGUUACGACCCCCACAAAAUGAUGUGGACUACCAUCCCAGCCUCGGACAGCAGGCCGGAGCUGCCCCAAACCUUUAAAAGCACCGCGCUUGUUGCCGCGGUGGCAAGACGCGAGCGAGCAAGCGACGCGGCAGUGGCGGCAUCCGCCAACGCGGCCUCCCCGGCCGCAGCCCCGGCCGCAGCUGUCGACGCGGCAGACCGCUCCUCCUCCAAACUUCCACCGCCUGCGCCGCGCUCCGCGGGCCCGCAACAGGGGAAGAAGCGGACCUCGUGGCAACCUCAACCUCUGCCGAAGCCGAAGGCAACUGAUUUUGUUGUCGUUAUUAAACCAAGGACUCAACUAUCCCUCACCGCCGUUUUCCCCGAGAACGGAGCCGGUAGCGCGCUCAUCGCCCACCUCGGAGCGAACGCGAACCGGAUGGUCACAGUCGUGAUGAUGCGGGAGCAAAACCUCAUCCUGGCCUACACCCCACAUCCGCUUAUUGUGGACAAACUGAUCGGUGAACUGACAGUUCCCUCGUCAGUCGGACCGGUGCCCCUGUUCGGGUAUCUGCGCGCGGACACCCAAGACUCCUGCUACGGAGUGGUGACAGUGCGCAGCUCCGACUCGGAAGCCGAACUUCGCCAACGAUUCUACUGGCCGGAAGGCGAAAUCCUCCACAUCCGGCGUUUGGGCACCUCCAAAAAGGUGCGGCUCACUUUUGCCGGCAAGGUGAAGCCCAGGUACGUCACCUAUGACGCCCUGCUGAUCCCGGUGCAGCCUUAUAGAAAAACUGUACCAGCCUGCAACCAGUGUGGCUCAGUUGGGCAUCGACCUGACGCCUGCCCUGGCCCUAAACCGGACCUCUGUGGUACCUGUGGCAACACGGUGCCACUCAUGGAUGGUGCUCGCGCGCCUCACGAGUGCACGCCGAAGUGUGCUCUAUGCGCCGGACACCACGUCACCGGGGACCGGGGACCACCACCAAAACCAUCCACUCUUCCACCGGAGAGCCAAACCGGCUCCAAGAAACGCAAAAAACGCUGGAGAACACGGAAGCCGAGGAAGCCGACCAGCGGGACUUCACCGCAGGGGGCCCAGGCCCCUGCCACCAUACCUCCUCCACCCCCGCAACCUGGCGCGGGUGCUCCCGGGCCCUCCAAGCGAGGCCCCACCCCGGCCGGACCUCCCGCCGCCAGGUCCACCGUGAGCCAGGGCACACCUGCCUCCCCUACACCGCACCCGCCGUCACCCCUGCCUGCUGCCCAAGGGGAUGCCACAUGGGCCGCUCACGUCCGACAAGGACCCCAGGUGAGCGGCUCGGGCAGGGCAGCCUCCCAAACCGUACCCCCCCAGAACCCACCCAAACCUCCAACUUCUUCCGCCCCCACACGGGAACAAUUCGAAAUUAAACAGCUCCGGGCCCAAGUGGCCUCGUUGACACGUGCAAUGGAGGCGCUCGCAAACCGCCCGCCCCCACCUAACCCGACACCUUCUGGGCAGGCGCCGGAAGCGAUGGAUAGUGCCUCCUCCGAACAAAGGGACACCACGGCAAUCCUCGCUCCGACUGAGGCGCGUCUGAAUAGCCUGGAGGGCCAGGUGGCCUCCAUAGUAACUACUAUCGAGGAUCGCUUGGCUGCCGCCCUCCAAACCGUAUUCGCCGGCAUCCCGGGCAUGAUAGUGGCCCAGCUGCCCCAACUCGCUUCCAGCACCCGUCGUCCCACCCCCAAACUGAAGCGGGUUAACAAACCUCAGACGCCCCAGCCACUUCCCCAAAUGGCUGAGGCUAAUAGGCAGCCUACCAUUUUGACUGCAACACCAGCGGCAAGCCCCGGAUCGAGCGGUGGAGCACCUCUGGAUCUCUCUGCUCUCCUGGAGGCUACCCAAAAUUCUAAUACCCAUGAUGGCGGGCAACGCCUGUAG